AUGAGCUUCCUCGAACGGUGGCAACGGAAGCAGCACCAGACCACACCUGAUACCUCAGCGACAGAACAGAUGCUGCGCAGUCAGGAGUCAGGUCUGAGUCUGGGUACUCUGGCCAAGGGCAAGCGGGUUGUUGUGCUGGGCGGUGGAGACACCGGCGUGGAUUGUAUCGCCACAGCCACUCGACAGGGUGCUGUUUCAGUGGAGACCCUGGAGAUUAUGCCGCCGCAUCCGAGCACACGCAACCACGCAACCAACCCCUGGCCCGAGUGGCCACUCAUUUGGCGGUCAGACUAUGGUCACGAGGAGGUGAAGGUGCGUUACGGCAAGGAUCCGCGCAACUUCAACAUCCUCACCAAGGGCUUUUUUGCCACACCAGACGGAAAGUCUGUGGCCGGAAUCAAGACCGUUGGCGUGGAAUGGAAGAAGUCGCCGGAGACGGGUCGUAUGGAGUUGGUGGAGGUUCCGGGAACGGACAAAAUUCUGGAGUGUGAUCUAGUGCUGUUGGCAAUGGGUUUCCUCGGUCCGGAGAAGACCCUCCUUGAGGAGCUCAAUCUGGCUGCCGACGCUCGCUCAAACAUACAGACGCCCAGCGGACGCUACUCAACCUCGGUGCCGCGUAUCUACGCUGCAGGAGUUGUCUUCUAA